CGGCUGCUGCAGAAGAAAAAUGGCUGGUGGAAAGAAAUUGACAAAGGAAGAGGAGCUUUUGCUCCAAGAUUUCAGCAGGAAUGUAUCAACCAAGUCAUCUGCGCUCUUCUACGGCAAUGCCUUUAUCGUAUCUGCCAUUCCAACUUGGUUGUUUUGGCGUAUCCACCAAGUGGACCUGUUCCAGUCCCAAUCCAUUGUGAUGUUUGUUAUCAUGACACUCAUCAGUAGCUGGUUGGUAGCCUUCGCAUACAAGAAUGUCAAAUUCGUCUUGAAGCACAAGGUUGCUCCCAAGAGAGAGGAUGCUGUCACCAAGGAGGUGAUGAAGAAACUCAGUGAUGCUGACAGCAAGAAGAUGUCACGCAAAGAAAAGGACGAGAGGAUCUUGUGGAAGAAGAAUGAAGUAGCCGACUACGAAGCCACCACCUUCUCGAUAUUCUACAAUAACGCCCUCUUCCUUCUCCUGGUUCUCUUCAUGUCCUUCUUUGCUCUCAAGUCACAAGACCCAAACAUCAAUUACAUUUUGUCAGUAGCGCUGUCUGCAGGUCUUCUGGCGCUUCUAUCAACAGGCCAAAAAUAGUCAACUUUUUGUCUUCUUUUUCUUUUUCGUUCUAGUUGGAUGUUUGUAGUCAGAUAAAUAUUAGUGUAGAAUAUAAAAAAAAAGAAGCAAUAAAUAUCAUUGUUUCAUAACUCCAUUUUCUUGUCAUUCUUUGUUUUUUCAGUAUUUCUUGACUCAAUUUUCUGGAAGUGACAAAUUGGUCCUUGCAUAUCACCAUUGAUGAAUUGAAUAGUAAUUUGUAAAAUCUUAACUGAAAAAAAUAAAUAAAUGCAUUCUGCCUCAGGUUUUCAUAACUCGUCCAUUUUUAAAGCUGUGAUGUUCCUUCUUUGCAUAUUCAUAAUAUUUCUGUAAAGUGCUAAGAGACAUGACAUUGUAGAUGUCUUAGUACUAUAUAAACCCAGAAUGUUAUUAUCAUUGAUACUCUUACACUGCAGAGUGCAGCAGCUGUACAUGCUUUUUGGACAAAUGGGUACAGUGAUAUAGUAUGUUGCAUUUAUAAAUCGGGCGAUGUUGAGAACAUUGGACAAAGCAUGGUUAGACUGAAUCUAUUAAUUAUGUAUGAAGAUGGUGUAUUUCAACCUUAAAACCUGGCAAAACUACCAGGAUAAAUAAUAAAUGUGAAUUGGAGGUAUAAUCAUUCAAGCAUUCCAUUGCCUUUCAAAGUAAUCUAGAAUUAAAUGUUUGUUUGUUUUCAGGAUACGGUCCUUGUUCGUUGUGUAAAGUUUUCGGGAAAUGUUUCAUUUGUUUUCAGCAAAUUUUGCAUGUUACAUCAUGGACAGAUACAAAAAGAUGCAGUGAAUAAGAUUAAAUACACUUAUUUUAUAAUGUAUC